UGUGUCCACAGAUUCUCUUAGGGAAGCAUGGUUUUUGAAAAUGGUUCUUUCGUGACUGAAUUCCUUCUUUUGGGAUUAACAGACCAACCAGAUCUCCAGCUCCCCCUGUUCUUACUGUUCCUAGUAAUAUAUAUGGUCACUGUGCUGGGAAACUUGGGCAUGGUAACUUUAAUUGUGCUGAAUUCACACCUACACACCCCCAUGUAUUUUUUCCUGUUUAAUCUGUCCUUUAUAGAUCCCUGUUAUUCUUCUGUGUUUACACCCAAAAUGCUGGUUAAUUUCAUAUCAAAGAAGAAUGUUAUUUCUUACAUGGGGUGCAUGACCCAACUUUACUUUUUGUGUUUUUUUUGUAUUUCUGAGUGCUAUGUGCUGACAUCAAUGGCCUAUGAUCGCUAUGUGGCCAUCUGUACCCCGCUUUUGUAUAAUGUUACCAUGUCUCUUAAAGUGUGUUCCAGCCUUAUACUUGGUUCAUGCUUGAUGGCAUUUUUUGAUGCCAUGGCUGUCACUGGAUGCAUGCUGAGACUGACUUUCUGUGAUGCAAAUACCAUCAACCAUUAUUUGUGUGACAUCCACCCUCUGCUCCAGCUCUCCUGCACAAGUACCUACAUCAAUGAACUGGUGGUUUUCGUCAUGGCAGGCAUCAAUGUCGUUGUGCCCAGUCUCACCAUCUUUGUCUCUUACAGUUUUAUCCUCUCCAGCAUCCUUCGCAUCAGUUCCACAGGGGGAAGGUCAAAAGCCUUCAGCACCUGCAGUUCCCACAUAAUUGCUAUUUCUCUGUUCUUUGGAUCAGGUGCAUUUAUGUAUCUCAAACCAUCUUCUUCUGUGUCUAUGGAUGAGGGAAAAAUCUCUUCUGUCUUUUACACCAAUACCGUUCCCUUGCUGAACCCCUUAAUUUACAGCUUGAGGAACAAAGAUGUUAAACUUGCUCUGAGAAGAACCCUGAGUAGGAGACAGUGUUGA